AUGGCGUCUCUGGCCCUCACUUCCUCUUCUUGCUCUCUAUCCCCCCAAUCACUCAAAUCUCGCAAUCUCAAACUCCAGCCGAGAUCAAACUUCACUCCCCGCUCACAUUCUCUAACUCCAAACCCCAUUACACUAACCAACAAUCUCUCAUUCAAAUCCCCACAGCUCCUUAAAUCAAUUCGAUCACCUACCUCCUCAAAGAAACUAACCGUAAAAGCCUCAGCUUCAGCUUCCGCUUCGGCUCCGGCUCCCCCGGCGCCGCAGCCAUGGCAGGGAGCCGCAAUGAAGCCAUUACUAGCUUCAAUAGCUACAGGCGUCAUCCUCUGGUUCGUCCCCGUACCGUCCGGAGUUUCGCGAAGCGCGUGGCAACUACUCGCCAUUUUUCUCGCCACAAUCGUCGGCAUCAUCACUCAACCGUUGCCGCUCGGGGCCGUGGCUCUCAUGGGCCUCGGAGCCUCCGUUCUAACCAAAACGCUGACGUUUUCCGCCGCGUUCUCCGCUUUCGGCGACCCGAUCCCCUGGCUUAUCGCGCUCGCCUUCUUCUUCGCCCGCGGCUUCAUCAAAACUGGACUCGGCAACCGAAUCGCCUACCAAUUCGUCUCCUUGUUCGGAUCCUCGUCGUUAGGGUUAGGUUACAGUCUCGUCUUCAGCGAGGCGCUCCUAGCUCCAGCGAUUCCGUCAGUUUCUGCACGUGCCGGGGGGAUCUUUUUGCCGUUAGUGAAGUCUCUGUGCGUGGCGUGCGGGAGUAACGCCGGUGACGGGACGGAGAAGAGGCUAGGAUCGUGGCUGAUGCUGACGUGUUUCCAAACUUCGGUUAUAUCGUCGUCAAUGUUUUUAACGGCGAUGGCGGCGAAUCCGUUAAGUGCCAAGUUGACGUUGAACACGAUUAAUCAGACGAUUGGGUGGAUGGACUGGGCUAAGGCGGCGAUUGUGCCGGGACUGGUGUCGUUGAUUGUGGUACCGUUGCUGUUGUAUGUCAUUUAUCCACCUACUGUAAAGAGUAGCCCGGAUGCGCCCAAAUUGGCCCGAGAGAGAUUGGAGAAGAUGGGGCCAAUGAGCAACAAUGAGAAGAUUAUGGCUGCCACUUUGCUUGUCACGGUGGGGCUCUGGAUUUUCGGUGGGGUACUGAACAUGGAUGCUGUUACUGCUGCAAUUCUUGGAUUGUCUAUCCUCCUUAUCACUGGCGUUGUGACAUGGAAGGAAUGCUUAGCUGAAGCAGUUGCUUGGGAUACACUCACAUGGUUUGCUGCACUUAUCGCUAUGGCUGGGUAUCUCAACAAAUAUGGUCUCAUCUCCUGGUUCAGCCAGACCGUGGUUAAGUUCGUUGGUGGAUUGGGUCUUUCAUGGCAGGCAUCUUUCGGCAUUCUGGUUCUUCUCUAUUUCUACUCUCACUACUUCUUUGCCAGUGGAGCUGCUCACAUCGGUGCCAUGUUCACUGCUUUUUUGUCCGUCGCUACUGCUCUCGGCUGUCCUCCGUACUUAGGAGCCUUAGUCCUCUCCUUCCUCUCCAACAUCAUGGGUGGCCUUACCCACUAUGGCAUUGGAUCCGCACCUAUUUUCUAUGGUGCCAACUACGUCCCCCUUGCCCAAUGGUGGGGCUAUGGCUUCCUCAUUUCUGUUGUCAACAUCAUCAUUUGGCUCGGCGUUGGUGGUGUCUGGUGGAAAGCCAUCGGCUUGUGGUAAAGUGAGCGAUCAUAAAUAUUCGCUGACCCAAAUAUUUAGUGAUAUUCCUGCCAUUGUUAGCCCAACAGGUGAGUUUUUUUCCGCUGGCUGAUAACUUUCGGUGUUGAUUCUUUGUCUUAGAAAUAAUUAAUUUGGCGGAGACUCCGGUUAUAGAUUGGACACAGCAAUGAGGUCUAGAAUUAGAAGACGUACCGGCAAUUUUGACAUUGACAUGAAAAAAACUGCCUACAAAUUUGAUGACUUAUAUUAGUUUUAGUUGGAUUCUCAUUUUCCCGCA